AUGGCCCCCGGUCAUUUUUGCAUGGGCAUUUUGCUCAACGCUCUCUUGCUGGCUACCCCUGGAGAGGCUGGCGCUUCUCAGAAAGUUUCCUUGGCUUCCACUUCUGGCGAGUCUCUCUUUGACAGCGAGAAGAUUCAAUUAACCGAUCGGGUCGUUGCAAAUCUCAGCCAGAACCGGUCCGCGCUGGUUGGAUUUGGUGGUAAUGGCACAAAUCAACUCACCUUGUCAUCGGGAGAAUGCAAGGUCUUCCCUGGCGAUCGACAGUGGCCAUCACGGUCUGCGUGGUCAGCACUGGACAACCUGCUGGGCGGUGCACUCAUCAAAACAGUGCCUUUAGCAGCUUCUUGCUACUCAUCGUGGCCCGAGUAUGACCAAAAUGAAUGUGAGACUAUUAGCUCGCAGUGGACGGACUCUAACAUUCAUGCUGCGGACCCAGCUUCGGUCAUGUGGCCUCUGUUUGAAGGCAGAUCUUGUCUACCCACGACAAAUGCCUCAGCUCCAUGCACUAUUGGCGGAUACAGCAGCUAUGCAGUGAAUGUGAGCAAUGUGGCUCAGAUCCAACUUGCUGUAAACUUUGCGCGCAACACCGGUAUCCGGCUCGUAGUGAAGAACACUGGUCAUGACUUCAAUGGCAAGUCGACCGGUGCUGGUUCGCUGGGUAUAUGGACUCAUAACCUCAAGGAUAUCGAGUAUGACGCGAACUACCAGAGUUCUGGCUACCAAGGACCGGCUGUCAAAAUUGGCGCUGGUGUUCAGGCCUUCGAGUUGUAUGAAAAGAGCAAGGAGCUGGGAUUUACUGCGGUUGGUGGUGAAGGAAGGACUGUCGGUGUUGCUGGUGGCUAUGUUCUUGGUGGUGGCCAUUCACCUCUAUCUAGCAAGUAUGGAUUGGCUGCCGACCAGGUACUGGCAAUGGAAGUCGUGCUAGCUAAUGGUCGAUUCAUCACUGUGACCGAGAAGAGUGAUUCCGAUCUAUUUUGGGCUUUGCGUGGUGGUGGCGGUGGAACAUUUGGUAUUGUCACCUCGCUCAUCUCUCGCGUUUACCCAAAGACCGGCGUCACUGUGUCGACAUUCAACUUUUCUACUGGACAGAAUGUUUCUGCAGAUACAUUCUGGGCUGGUGUACGAUCAUACGUUGACCGGUUCCCUGCUCAUGCCGACGCCGGUACCUACGCAUACUUCUGGGUACUGGCAACUGGGCCAGACUCGUUUUCUUUCUUGAUGAACCCCUUCUUCGCCGUCAACCAUACAAUUGAUCAAUUUAACGCUCUCGUCAAGCCAUGGUACGAUGAGCUGCAUGAGCUGGGCAUCUCAUUCCUCCCCAACUCUACCUACUACGACAACUUCCAUGACGGCUGGAUGGCUGGGUUCCCUCUAGAGACCGUCGCCUCCUCAGAAAUGAUGACUGGCUCUCGUCUUUUCCCCCGUGCAAACUGGGAGGAUCCCACGACUCUUAACUCGACCUUUGAUGCUUUGCGCGCCACAGUCACUGCAGGCUUCCCCCUGCUUGCAUUCAACAUGAAGGCUGAGCUAUUGAGCGGUAAUCCGCCAAAUGCAGCCAACCCAGCUUUCCGCGAGACUUUAAUGCACGCCAUCACGUCUACCAGCUGGACGAACACUACUUCAAAUGCUGCCAUCAAGUCCAAGAUGGAUUAUUUCACCAAUGAUGUUCUAGGCAAGUGGCGCUCGACCUGUCCCGACGCCGGUGCAUACAUGUCCGAAUCGGAUAUCCAAGAGCCGAACUUCCAACAGGCAUUCUACGGUACCAACUAUGGGCGCUUGUAUGAGCUUAAGCAGCGUUACGAUCCUACCUUUUUGUUCUACGCACCUACUGGUGUUGGAAGCGAGAACUGGGUUGUGAAGAGUUCAGAUGGCCUUCCCGAUCAAAAUGGUCGGCUGUGCCGCGUUUAA